CGCGCGCAUGAAUUCCCUGGGCAGAUCCAUCCACUGGACCGAGCUGGGAGAUCGAGCGCACUUCGACCUCGUCUCGAGCCCGUCUGGUCUGGUAAUCGACGAUGUGGACGCUUCUGACCACGGCCACUAUCGCUGUAGGGUCGACUUCAGGUCAUCUCCCACCAGGAAUCUGAGAGUCAAGCUCUUGGUGGUAGUUCCUCCUCGUCGACUGAGCAUCCUGAGUGAGACGGGACUGGAAGUUAGCGGAUUAAUUGGACCAUACGCUGUUGGAGGCUCCCUCGUUCUCAUCUGUCAGGUCACCGGAGGAUCACCCCGUCCAUGGGUCAGAUGGACGCAUGAGGGCUCACUGCUGGACGGCAGAGCAGAGGAGGUCACUGGUCAGGUCACCCGGAACAUCUUGACCCUGCCUGAACUCAAUCGCCAGCAUCUCUAUCGGGUCCUGACCUGCAGGGCUAAUAACUCAAACAUGACCAAUCCUCUAGCUGCUACGGUCACACUGGAGAUGAGCUUCCCGCCGCUGGAAGUAACCAUCCUGGGGGAGAACUCUCCACUAUCUGAAGGGUUGCGGUACUCCCUUGUGUGUGAGGCAGGAGGUUCUCGUCCCCCUGCAGUCAUCACUUGGUGGAUUGACGGAGUACUGAUGACAGACACUAAGGAUCAGGUGCUGGCUGAGGGUAACGUGAGCCGGUCAACCCUACACCUGGCGCCCGCCAGAGCUACCAACGGAGCCGUCAUCGCCUGCCGGGCUGAUAAUCCGCUCCUUGAUGGUACGGCUUUGGAAGACGCCCGAAAACUACUCGUCUACUACUCGCCACGCCUACGCCUUCGUCCUGGCCAGAACCUAAACAUAUCGAGCAUUAAGGAAGGAGACGAUGUUUACUUCGAAUGUGACAUCGAAGCCAAUCCGAACGUCUUCAAGGUCCAGUGGUUCCUGAAUGGUGUGGAGCUGCAGCAAAAUGUAACGGCAGGAGUGAUCCAGAUCAACCAGAGCCUAGUGCUACAGAAAGUCGGGAGGCACUCCACAGGGCUCUACACCUGCAGAGCCGUCAACGUCCAUGGCACAGCCACCUCUAACGCUCUCCAGCUUAACGUCAAGUUCUCGCCAGUGUGCUCCACCGGGCAGAAAUGGGUGUACGGCGGGGGUCGACACCAGCCAGUGAACGUGACUUGCCGGGUAGAAGCGUACCCAGAAGCCACGAGCUUUCGCUGGGCUUUCAACACUUCGAGCGAAUUUGUGGAGCUUCCGCAGGACCGCGUCUACACCGGCCGCAGCCGCAGCCUGGUGGUGUACACGCCGCAAACCCACCACGACUUCGGCUCACUGCUCUGCUGGGGUCGAAAUCAGAUCGACCUGCAACGCCAACCGUGUGUGUUCCAUGUCGUUCCGGCAGGAGUGCCAGAACCGGUCCACAACUGCAGUGCCUGGCACAACGGCAGUGCCGCUGGGGAGGUCGUGGUGUCGUGCCAGGCCGGCUGGAGUGGGGGACUCGCACAAAGCUUCACCCUGGAGGUCCGCCACGCCCCACAGGGUUCUUCCGUGGCACCUCCGGGUGUCCCAGCCGCUGGAAACCUGCUGGCGUCCCUGAAAGACCAACCGGAACCCCACUUCACAGUGACUGGCUUGGCUCCAGGGACCGAGUACCAUUUGGUGGUGAUGGCGUCUAACGCCCAAGGGCCGGCCUUGCCCACUGUCCUGGUGUAUUUCACCCCGAUUGACGUUGCCGAGAAGCAGACUAGCGCAGCGGCUGCUGAGUCGAAUUCGAUCCCUCUGGUGAGUUUGGCGACCAUUGUGGGCGUUGUGGUGGGCGUGGUGACCUCUUUGGUGGUGUGCUCGGCAGUGCUGGUGGUGGUGGUGGUCCGUGCGCGCGCAUCUCACACCCAUAGCCAUACUAAGAUCGUCUACGACAAGGCUUCCUCCGCAACUGUGCCAAGACCUGGGGACGAUGGGGGAUUCGUUCAGCAGCAGGUGCAGCAGCAGGCGCAGCAGCAGCAGGGUCCUGAUAUUAUUCUCAUCAAAAGCGACAGCCAAAGUGACAGUCACGCAGACAGCGAGGUUAAGGUGCAGCUUCUGACAGAAUACAGGUCGUCAGGACAUGAAGGAUCGUUUCACAUCAAUCCAGGAUCCUUGCUUCCUACAGGUACUAUAGCAUCUGCGCGGGAAACAGAUGCCCUCCUGAAGGACUCCAUCACCACCACCACACAGAGCGCCCUGCCACCAGAGACCUCUACAUCCUUCCUGCCUUCCCUGACUGUUGGGGCAGCAGAUUCAUCCCCUCCUCUCUCCUAUUACCCGGAUGGAUGUGGAUCCCCUCCUUCACCGUGCCCAAGAGGCCCUCCAGGGGAACAGUACCCCCGAGAGCAGCCCGACUUGUGCCCAAAGGACACCACCAGCUACGUCCCCGUCAGGACCAUAGUUACCUGCUCCCAGGGAGGGAACGAGAGCUCCGUCUAGGGCU